AUGUUUUGAGAUUAUUCUGGUUCGGAAGAGGUGUGUUGAGUGUUGUAGCUACGGAUAAGGUGGCAACAUUUCAUUUUACAUUCUUCUUGCAAAAUGAACACCUCUCCUCAAGGAUUUCUAAUUUAUUUAGGUUUUAGAACACACGUUCGAUCGUGAAAUUCCUGCGAAGCAAAUGAAAAAAGACCCAGAGCCAUUGCAGCUAGCCAUCAUCUGAAGAUUAGCUGGGGUUCUCACCCUCCUGUAAAUUAUUUCCCCUCGGAAUGUUUUCAAAAAAGCCUCAUGGGGAUGUCAAAAAAUCGACACAGAAAGUCUUGGAUCCAAAAAAGGAUGUCCUGACACGACUGAAACAUCUGCGGAUCGUUAUAGAGAACGCAGAGUCGGUGGACCUAAAGCACUUCUUCGACCAGAACUACUCCCACAUCUACUAUGUCUUCUUUGAGAACUUUGUCACCAUCGAGGUCAACCUAAAGCAGAAAGGUCACAAAUCGCAAAGGGAAGAGCUGGACUCCAUUCUUUUCAUAUUUGAGAAAAUCCUACAACUCCUUCCAGAACGUAUCCACCAGCGAUGGCAGUUUCACAGCAUUGGUCUCAUUCUGAAGAAGCUAUUGCACACUGGGAACUCGUUAAAGAUCCGUCGGGAGGGCGUGCGUCUGUUCCUGUUGUGGAUGCAGGCUCUGCAGACCAAUGCGUUGCGAGAGCAGCUGUGGAUCUUUGCCUGCCUGAUCCCCGGCUUCCCCCCGCCCCAGUCGGAGCUUGGCCCCCGCACCCUCGACAACCUCAUCAGCCCUCCCCUAUGCCUACAGGAGACCCAAGUGGGUCCCGAUGAGAUCACCCCGCUGGUGCCUCCCCAGUCUGGGGACAAGGCCCAGGAGGACCUGACCGGAUACUUCCUGGAGGCCACGCUGAAAUACAUGGUAAACCAGGCCAAGAGCCUGGAGUGGCGCUGUAAGGAGAACCAUGAGAGGGGCUUUGCGUUCCUCUUUGCCAACUUCAAGAAGUACUACCUGCCCCACAUCUUCCCCAACUUCUCCAAGGAGUGCAGCCUUUACAACCCCAUCCUGGAUGUUCCCCAAAUAAGACCAAAGCCUUACUACGUGGUGGUGAAGCGCGACCCGGAGUCCAACGAGGCGCUGUACUGCACCAAGGAGAGCUUCCUGAACGCCCGCGUCAUCUUCAUACGCUGGCUCGUCUCCUUCUGGCUCGAGCCCCGCGCCAACACCGGCCCGCACAUACCCGGCGUGGAGGGAGAGAACGUCCCCAAAAACAUCCAGAGGGCAGCAGCAGGCCUGGCUGCACGUAACCACGAGGACGGCAGCGGCGGCGGCGCCCGGGGUUUUGGCGGUUUAGGAGGAGGAGGAGGAGGGGGCCCCGACUCCCUGGACGGAGGCAUGGGCGGAGGAGGGGUGCUGGGCGGCGGCGGGGGCGAGCCGGAGCAGUCGCACUCCAACACCAGCACGCUGACGGAGCGCGAGCCCAGCUCCUCCAGCCUGUGCAGUGUAGACGAGGAGCACCUGACGGACAUCGAGGUGGUGCGCCGCGUCCUCUGCUCCUCGCGCACCAACGUCAACUUCAUCACCGAGAUCUUCCGGCAGGCCUUCCUGCUGCCCAUGUGUGAGGCGGCGGCCAUGCGCCGGGUGGUGCGCGUCUACCAGGAGUGGAUCUCCCUGGAGGACAAACCCGUCUUCAUGAGGGAGCCGCCCGACGACAACCACUCCGGCAGCAACAGCACUGACAAGGACGACGAGGAGCGUGUGCUGAAGGUGCCUGGUCACAGCAGGACUCCGAGCUGGUGCAGAGGCAGGGGAGGAGGCAGCAGCAGCGAGAGCGAUAUGCUGGAGUACAGCGUCCACGCUGGUGUGCAGGCCACACUGCAGGUGUUCAUCACCAACUCGUCGAACGUGUUCCUGCUGGAGCCGGCCAAUGAGUUGAAGACACUGCUCGAGGAGCACGUGGACAUGUGCAAGCGCGUCCUCAACAUCUACCGCAGCCUGGUCAUGCACGAGACCAUGGACCAGAAGACAUGGGAACAGAUCUUAUUGGUGUUGCUACGGGUGACGGAGUGUGUGAUGAAGAGACCCCCCUCUGUCACCUCCUCGGGCAAGAAGAACCCCACCCUCUCUGGCCGUCUAGCAGGGGCCAUUUUCCAGACCCUGAUAGUGGCGUGGAUCAAAGGGAACCUGAACGUGUACAUCUCGCGGGAGCUGUGGGACGACCUGCUGUCGGUGCUGUCCUCCCUCACCUGCUGGGAGGAGCUGGUCACCGAGUGGUCCCUCACCAUGGAGACCCUCACCAAGGUGCUGGCCCGACACCUGUACAGCCUGGACCUCAACGAGCUGCCCCUGGACAAGCUCAGCGAGCAGAAGCAGAAGAAGCACAAGGGCAAAGGUGGCGCCAGUGAGGGCCACAAGAUGGCGGUGGACCGCUCCUUCUCCAGGGGCUGGAGCCGUGACCCACCGGGCCAGGUCGCCAUGCGCCAACGCAGCGCCACCACAGCAGGGUCCCCUGGCAUCGAGAAGGCUCGCAGCAUCGUGCGACAGAAGACCGUGGCCCUGCGGAGCUGCUCCACGGGCGACAGCUUGUCGUUUAUCCGCAGCGCUAAAAGUGCUCCCGUCCUGAUCCAUCCUGUCCACCCCCUCCUGCCUGACUCUGUCCUCACCCCCCUAGCAGAUGAGCUCUCAGAUAUGGAAGAGCCUCCGUUGGCUCCCCGGGCGCCGCGUCUGCGUCACAGCUCCCAGAGCGAGGAGGCUGCCCCGGCAUCCCUCAGCUCCGAGGUGUUCGGCGUGUCGGUGGAACCCGACCUCACCCCUCCCGGUAGCACUGGCGGCGGCGGCGGCGGUAGCGGUAGCGGUAGCGCGACCGCAGUCCCCGUGCCAGGCCCCGUCAUCGCCGGCGGAGGUGGAGGCGGAGGUGGAGCCCCACUGCCGCCCCUCCCCCGCAGCUCCAGCGCCUCCGACAUCAUGGAGCCCUUCAUCGCCGAGCGCGCCAAAGGUGCCUGCCCCCCUCCUCCAGAUCCGCACCACCACCACCACCACCACCACCACCACCCUCCUCCUCCUCACUCCUCCUCCUCGUCCUCCAGCUGCCCCCCUUCCUCCUCAGCCACUAGCUCCUCGGUGCCCGCUGCCGCCCCCCAGUCGCCAGGCUUGGCGGGCGAGCCCAACCCUAACCCCGCACCACAGCCCCACCACCUCCACCACCACACCAACCACCACCCCCGUCCACCUUUCUCUUCCUCCUCUGCCUCCUCUUCCCCUUUACACAACCAACACCACCACCACCACCUCCUUCCACUGUCUUGCACCCCUCCGUUCGCACGAGCCACUGCCAACGCAGCAGCAGCCGCCGCUUCUGCUGCUGCUGCUGCUGGUGGUGUGGGCGCGGCCUCCUCCCCCGUUGCCGGGAGCGAAGCCAGUAACCAUGGCGGCCACCACGCCGGUCACCACAGCAACAGCAGCAGCCGGGAGCCGUCUCUGGACGCGGCCGAGCGGCACUUCAUCUACGAGCAGCUGCAGUGCCACCCGGCGCCGUCCUCCGCCCCGCCCUCGCUGCUCUCCUGCGACCCCCUCGCCACCGCCCAAUCGCAGCAGCAGCAGCAGCAAGCCCAGUGCAACAUGGGAAACGUAGUAGGUAUAGGUAUAGGAGUAGGAGAGGAUGACGAUCUCAUGAGUUCGCUCAGGGAGUAUUUCCCGCUGAGAGAUCAAAGUGGGGACGGGGACGCCUGGUCGAGCGAGGGCUUACUCAUGGGAGAUAGCGUCGAAGAGGCAGGGACGGAUAGAGUCAUAGUCGCCGGAGUGACGGAGGCAGGAGGCGUAGGAAGAGAGGGGGAUAGAGAGAGGCUUAGGACGGAGGACAGGCGCAGGGCCAGGGGCAGCGCCAGCUCGGCCGGGGACGGGGACGGGGACUCGGGCUCGGGCUCGGGGUCCGGCUCCACGGAGCGCAGCUUCUACGAGUGCCUGGAGCACUGCGACUGGACCAGCGCCACCAGAGGGUGCUGUAGCAGCCCGGCCUCCCAGCAGCAGCAGCAGCAGCAGCAGCAGAGCAGCCGAGAGCAAGGGGAGGGGGGCAAGAGGGAGACGGAGCUGAUUGAGAUGCAGGUGGAGGUGGAUGGGGUCGGGGAUGAGCAGGGCGGGGGUGGGGGUGGGGGUGGAGACGAGGGGGGUAGAUCUAGAGAGGCGUGUUUGCAGAGACAGAACGCCACCGAGGCGCCGGGGGGGGAGGGAGAGCCCAUCACGCAGCAGCCCCCUCCACACACGCACACUCACACACACGCACUCCACGUAGCACAGCAACCGCAACCGCAGCAGCCACAACAGCAGCUUCAGCAGCAAGCGCAGCAGCAGCAGACCCCGUCCCACCACCAGCACCACACCCACCACCUGCUCCCCUCCUCCCACUGGCUGGCCAGGGUGGGGCCCAAGAAGAGGGCCCGAGGAGGAGUGCCGGGAGCAGGUGGAGCGGGUGGUGGUGGUGGGGGAGAGGGUGAUGCAGGAGGAGCAGGAGGAGCAGGUGUUGUAGCUGCAGGAGGAGGUGCCGGAGGAGGUGGAGGUGGAGGAGGAUCAGUGCACGUGAGCUUCCAGCCGUCCACCGAGUCGGUGCAGUUCCACAACCCCCUGGACGCCAAGGAGGCGCCCUGGAAGACGCGUCUGAAACGCCUCAGCCACUUCAGCCACGGUAGCAGCAACUCCUCCUCCGCGGCAGCAGGUGGCGGCAGUCAGGUUUCCAACGAGUCGUCCGGUGGAGGUCCGAGACGCGGUAGGUUGGGCCGCUCGGCGCUCCGCCCGCGCGGCUCGCGUUCCCGCUCGCAGGAGGCCGGCUCCACCUGCAGUCCCUCUCGCCACCAGCACCACCCGCAGCUGCUGGGCGGCGUGUACAAGUCGGUGGUGCACGCGUUAUCCCAUAAGCCGCACAAGAGCCACCACGGUGGCGGUUCUUCUCCGCAGCGUCUGCAAAACAACCAACAGCAGCAGCAGCCGCAGCAGCAGGUGGCCAAGGUGCAGGGCAGCGCUGGAGACGCCCCACUGAGGGACCUGUACACUCACGUGAUGGGCUAUUUUGGAAGGAAGCCCCCAGCCAACAAGGAGGACGUGGCUCCUAAGCUGCGUCCGGUCUCCAGUGACGUGGGCAGCAGCAGCAACGCCAACUUCAGCGACCUGAUGGACGAGUUUAUCCAGGAGCGCCUCCGGGCACCCAGGGCCAACUCUGUGAGUCCACCAGACCAGGGCAUGACCCGUCGCGGCAGCAGCCCCGGCAGCCUGGAGAUCCCCAAGGACCUGCCCGAGCUGCUGACCCGCCAGGGGGCCACGCGGCCCGCCGAGGACCACGGCGUGCCCUCCGAGUGGACCUCGCCCGCCAGCGCCAGCGGCAGUGACCUCAUCAGCUCCGACAGCCAAUCGGAGUCCUUCAACGCCUUCCAGUACGACAGCAAGUUCGACAAUUUCAGCUUUAGUGGCGACGUGGCUGCCGGGUCGGUGGACAGGGACAGUCUGGGAGGGGCCAGUUUGGGCCAGACUGCGGAGGAGCAGGAGCUGUCCAGCCUUCACACACUCCACUUAGACUCAGAUACCAGCAGCCAGCAAGGCCUCUCUGUAGACACCGUCACCAUCACAGGUUCGGAGAGUGCCUCCCCCAUGCACUCCCUGGGUGGCUCGCGUUCCCAGACGCCCUCUCCGGCCACCCUGACUGCAGAGCACGCGGAGCACAAGGACCUGCACCUGGACCAGAAGCUGCACCACUCGGUACUGCAGACCCCCGACGACCUGGAAACGAGUGAGUUCCCCAACGAGGACUGCAGCGUGAUGGCGGGCGGCUCCCUGACGGGCUGGCAUGCGGACGUCGCCACGGUGAUGUGGCGGAGGAUGCUGGGUAUCCUGGGAGACGUCAACUCCAUCAAGGACCCCGAGAUACACGCCCAGGUGUUCGACUACCUGUGCGAGCUCUGGCAGAACCUGGCCAAGAUCAGAGACAAUCUGGGCAUCUCGUUGGACAACCAGUCGUCUCCUCCUCCCCCGGACCUGAUCCCGCCCCUCCGCAUCCUCACCCCCUGGCUAUUCAAGGCGACCAUGCUGACGGAGCGCUACAAGCAGGGCAAGCUGCACGCCUACAAGCUGAUCUGUAAGAUCAUGAAGAGGAGGCAGGACGUCUCGCCCAACUCCGACUUCCUCACACACUUCUACAACAUCAUGCACUGCGGCCUGCUGCACGUAGACCAGGACAUAGUGAACACCAUAAUAAAGCACUGUUCGCCGCGCUUCUUCUCCAUUGGUCUGCCGGGGGCCACCAUGCUGACACUGGACUUCAUCGUGGCGGCCAGCAGGGUCACCGCCUGCUCCUCCCUCAACGCUCCGCGAGUGGAGGCUCAGAUUCUGCUGGGCUCCCUUGUGUGCUUCCCUAACCUGUACGAGGAGCUUCCCGCCCUGCACCCCAACACAGCUGACGUGGUCUGGACCAAGUUCAGAGAUGUCAAGGAGCACAUCAUUAAACACAUUCUAAACUCUGCCAAAGAUGAACCUUCAGCUCCUGCCAGGUGUGUAGCUCUGUGCAGUCUGGGCCUGUGGCUGUGUGAGGAGCUGGUGCAUGGCACGCGGCAUCCCCAGAUCAAAGAGGCCCUCAACGUCAUCUGCGUCACCCUCAAGUUCCCAAAUAAGACUGUGGCCCUGGUUGCUGCGGAUAUUCUGCACCUGCUCAUCAACUACGUGGACCACUUGCAGAAGUUCCCUCCCGACACCCCAAAGAAAAUAGUGGAGAUCCUCAUAGCCACCAUCACCUACCUGCUGCCCACAACAGAGAACUCACCACACGAACCAGACAAGAGGUUGGUGGUGGCUCUGCUGCUGUGUCUGCUGGACUGGGUGAUGGCUCUGCCCCCCAAGACCCUGCUGCAGCCCAUCCAGACCCUCACGCCCGACAAGGACCGCACAGACAAGUCCGUACUCAGCUGCAUAUACAAGGUGCUGCAUGGGUGUGUGUAUGGGGCCCAGAGUUUCAGUAAUGCGCGCUACUUCCCCAUCAACCUGUCUGACCUCAGUAGUCCUGACUACGACCCCUUCCUGCUGCUGGAGAGCCUGAAGGAGCCGGAGCCCCUGCACUCGCCCGACUCGGAGCGCUCAUCCAAGCUGCAGCCUGUUACUGAGGUGCGUAGCCGCAUCCAGACGGGCCUGAUCUCGGUGGCCGCCCGCACGGUCAUCUCCCACCUGGUCAACCACCUGGGCCACUACCCGUCCAGCGGCGGCCCCGCCACGCUCACCUCGCACGUCUGCGAGAACCACGACAACCCCUACAGCGAGAGCCCCGACCUGGCGCCCGAGCUCUUCGAGGCGCCCAACCUGCAGUUCUUCGCCCUCAACAGCAACACGCUCCUCUCCUGCCUGCAGAUCCGCGCCGAGGACGGGCUGCCGGGUGGCGGCAUGUCGGCGGGCCUCACCACCACCAGCGCCUGCGUGCGCGUCAUCGUCCGCGACAUCUCGGGCAAGCACUCGUGGGACUCGGCCGUGCUGUACGGGCCGCCGCACUGCUGCUCCGCCGGGGCGCCCAAUCCGCCGCAGCAGCAGCCAGCUAGUCACCAAGGGCAUCAUGGGAACAACAACAACAACCCCAACGCCACACGCAACAACCCGUCACCAGGCCUCUAUAGAUCUGCCGGAGAGAGGCACCGAGGAGGAGAGGAGGACGAGAGGAGGGCGGAGAGGCGGCUGGAUGAAGAAGAGGAUGAGGACGAUGAGGAGGAGGAGGAGGAGGAAGAAGAGGAGGAAGAGGAGGAGGAGGAGUAUGAAGAUGUGCUGGAGGAGGCGCUGGUGGACGGAGAGCUGGAGGAGGCGCUGAGGAGGGCGGAGAGGGUGGGAGGAGACGCACCUCGCUGCGAAGGAGGAGGAGGAGGUGAAGACACGGAGGAGGAGCAGGAGAGGGCCAAGCGACAAGAGCGCCAGAGCAACUGCAGCAACAACAGCAACAACAACAAGAAGACGGACGGAGGAGGAGGUGGAGGAGAGGAGGAACAGCGGAACCGCAAAGAAGGAGGACAGGAAGACCAGACGGAUCACAGAGAGGUGGAGGUGAAAGCCGGAAAUGAAGCCGAUGGCGCUGCAAAUGAAGAUGAGGAUGACGAUGAUGACGACGAUGAGGAGGGUCUGCUGGGUCUGACGGGUCCCCGUGCCAAGCGGCGCUGCCGGGAGGCGGUGCCCCAGUGGGACGGCCUGCGCGAGGGGGAGGACGCCCUGGACGAGAUGCUCCAGUACCUGGGCGUCUCCAGCCCCGAGUGCCUGCAACGCGCCGGCGCGCCGCUCAACAUCCCCGCCCCGCCGCCCGCCUGCGUCUCGGAGAAGCAGGAGAACGACGUCAUUAACGCCAUCCUGAAGCAGUGCGCCGACGAGCGGGAGUUUGCGGCGCACCGGGGCAACGAGCUGAACAUGAGGGCCACGCGGCAGGGCCAGCCGGGGCCCCAGAGGCCCCAGAGUGCCUUCUACUACUGCCGCAUGCUGCUCAACAUCCUGGGCAUGAACUCCUGGGAGAAGAGGAGUAGCUUCCACCUGCUGAAGAAAAACGAGAAGCUACUGAGAGAACUGAAGAACCUGGACUCCAGACAGUGUCGCGAGACUCACAAGAUAGCCGUGUUCUACGUGGCGGAGGGCCAGGAGGACAAGCAUUCCAUCCUGUCCAACACCAGCGGCAGCCAGGCCUACGAGGACUUUGUGUCAGGGCUGGGCUGGGAGGUGAACCUGACGAGCCACUGUGGCUUCAUGGGCGGCCUCCAGAGGAACCGCAGCACGGGGCUCACCAUGCCCUACUUCGCCACCUCCACCGCCGAGGUCAUGUUCCACGUCUCCACACGCAUGCCCCCCGACUCGGACGACUCGCUCACCAAGAAGCUUCGUCACCUGGGUAACGACGAGGUGCACAUCGUGUGGUCGGAGCACUCUCGGGACUACCGGCGCGGCAUCAUCCCCACCGAGUUUGGAGACGUGCUCAUCGUCAUCUACCCCAUGAAGAACCACAUGUACAGCAUCCAGAUCAUCAAGAAGCCAGAGGUGCCGUUCUUUGGUCCGCUGUUUGACGGGGCCAUAGUGGACAGUAAGAUCCUGCCGACAGUGGUCAGAGCCACCGCCAUCAACGCCAGCCGCGCACUCAAGUCUCUCAUCCCCCUCUACCAGAACUUCUACGAGGAGCGUGCCCGCUACCUGUCGACCAUCGUGGAGCACCACCUGGAGCCAACCACCUUCGAGGAUUACGCCGCCCGCAUGUACUGCCCCGCCCCCCACCACCACGUCCCCUCCGACGCAGGCUCAUGCCACGAGACUCAGGGGGCCGAAAGCCCAGUGGUGGGGAUGGGAGCAGCAGCGGCGGCGGCGGGGGUGGCAGCGGUGGCCGGGGGCGACGGGAGCGACUCAGCCUCGCCAAUGUCCCCUCGUGCUAGCAAGAGCCGCAUGUCCAUGAAGCUGCGACGCUCCUCCGGCUCCGCCAACAAGACUUGAGGACCUCCGACCACCACCACCACCACCUCACCUUGACCUUUUGACCCCAGUGUCCUGGGCUUUGACCUUGACUGAGCGACUGAACCCCCACCCCCACACACACUCGUGCACAGUGGCACAGCCCCCCCUUCCCUCUUCCUCACUCACUGACUGUGCUCCAAUAGAUCCAGCUGCUGAUGCCUCUACUGCGCUCCUCCACGACCACCAUCACAGCACUCCUCUCCCACACACACACACACACAAUCACACACACACACUCCAGUGUUUGCGGAGAUGGCAGGACGUGGCCGACUCUCCUACCCGCCCUCCCAUCGGCGUCUUCGGUUCUCUUUUCCCUCCACCAAACAGUCACCGCCCCAGGAUUCACUGGACCAAAGUCAUGACCUUUACGCUUGUACUGUAAACACACCCCCCCCCCCCCCCCAACCAUGACCUCCUGACAUCCGUCAACCUGCCCGUGACCUUGGUUGAGCUCGGACCAGUGGACCGUAGCAUUAGCUGUGCCACCUUUUUAGCAUUAGGAAGCAUUCAAGUUUUGUCUGCUUUCCGCUUGCACAUCCACAGACACACACACACACACACACGUACACGGACAGUGCGCCCAUGCCACGGAUACUCCUGUGCCGACUGGACUUAACGAGAAGCAGAAGAGGAAGGGAGGGAGUGUGGGAGGACAGGACAGGACAGUGCCUAGACUCUGCUUGUGCCCAUGCCAAAACAUAAAAUAUAUAAAGAAACAAAAAAAUAUAUGAUAUGAUGAAUAAACGAAGAAAACCACACUCGCAUAAAUACAUGGGGGGGGAAACACCACCACACUUCUCUUGAACUCUCUGGACACAAAAAAAGUUGCUCCAGCUGGCACCCUUGGAGCCACUGGACAAGAUCAAGAAAAAGAGCUCGACACACGGGAACAAACAACCCUGCUCCAUAGCCUGACACUCCAGCUUUUGCAGCUCUGAUCCUUAGCACUCGUAGGGGAACACAGAGAUUUAAAAAAAAGAUCAUUUUUAAAAGAUGCAGAGACUUGAAAAGCGGUGAUGAGACGGAUGCCUGUCUCGUCUUUGAGCUCCUCAUCAUCACCUGGUCGUCAUGUUCACUCGUUUCCCGGCUUUGGCAUGAGAGAGAGAAAGUGUACCGGUUAUAUGAGAUGGCAAAAACAAAACAAAACAAAAACGAAAAGUCAUUUGAGAAAUAACACCAGUUUCCCUUAUGGUUACUAUUGUACCCAUCCUGGAAAAUGUUAUAGAAACCCACUCUGUAUACUGUAUACAUAUAUAUAUAUAUAUAUAUAUAUAUAUAUAAAUUUGUACUGUAGAAUUGAAGCUUGCUUUGUUUACAGUUUGCAAAGAUGCUGGCCAAUGUUUGGCAGUCUAGGGCCUUUAUGUUGUGGCUGAAUAACAUCGUGUUAUGUCUGAGGUAUGUUUGUGGAGGGAAUAAGAAAGCACUUCUUCCUGUUACAUGUAUUCCAUUUUUCUUUGUUUGUUUUUCUUACUUCUCUGUGAUUUUUUAGAUUUUAAUUGUUUUCACUACUGGUCACAUACGGUUAUGGUCAAUAUUGUUUUAUCAUUUGUCGCCUGAUGCAGAAUGUUACUGAAACAUUGUUACUAUAUAUAUAUAUAUUAUGUUCCCAACACCACUUCACCAGUAACAGUACACGUGUAUAUACUAUAAAUAUAAAUAUAUACAUAUUUAAUGUAUGUGUAUAGAGUAUGGACAGUAUUUGGUCUGUGUACAUAGAUAACAAUAUUUAAAUCAGUCCAAAUGAGCAGCAAGCCGAAACUCUAACUCUUACUCGGAGCCGUUGAGAACAUUUAAAUCUUUUUUUUCCAAAACAUUUUUUAAUAGUUUUCAAAAGAUGGCGAUUGUCAGACCAUGCUGUAAUGCAGCACGUUGCUAAGGUACCCACUGCUUUCCCUGUCCACUGGUCCAAUGCAUUAGCAUGAUAAGUCUCCUCCUCAAUGACCUGUUGUGGCCAAGCUUUUCUCAAUUUAUUGAUGCCUAGACACCAGGUCUGCCAAAGAGUUUGUUAAAUGUACAAUGUGCUGAAGUGUAAUUUAAAGAGGCAAAAUGAGACCAUGUGUGUAUAUGUAUGUAUGUAGCCAAUAAUUUCCAAGUCAUCAGCCGAUGUUUGGUAAAGCGCACAGUCUUGCAAAACCUCACUUUUCUCCCUGCGCAAUGCGUUAUGCCAGACUGGGAAAGCAGAGGGGUACACUGAACGAUCUUACAGCUGUUGUUUUUAUACUUGUUGGAAUCGCACCCUGUCGCCGAGUUUUGUUUUUGUCUACGGUUUUCUUUUUUUAUAUAAAGUUAUGAUUGAGAUCCCGGUGUCUUCGCCGAGUGGUAGGUGUUUCGACGGAGAAGAAAGGGAUAGCGUUGCUGACUGCAUUUUGACAAAAGUAUUGCUGCCCAUGCGUAAAAGCGCAACGGCUUUUGGCAUGUUUCCAGUUAAUUCCUUUUCGAGUCAUAUUCUGUUUUUUUGUCUCUCACUGAAUAUAUGUCCGAUUUUUAUACGAGGUCAAUCCAUAUGUUUGGACUGAGAGUAAUGUAUUUUCAGAUAAAGAGCUAUAUGCGAAAGUUUUAAGACAGUAAGGCCAAAUCCAGACUUAUAUUGCCGGCGAGCGACCUCUACCCUCCUUGCACGAGUUACUGAGACAGGUGCCUGUUGUUGUAAAACUGGGGGCGAAAACAAAAUAAACACAAAAAGAGAACUCUACCUUUGAAGGUUAUGAUGAUGUACGCUACUACUGAGCAAAGACUGCAUGAGUAUCGCCAGUACUAACCGCAUGUGUUGACAUAACAGCUUCACAACACCAGACACACGCACUCACCCGCACAUACGCCAGGCUGUAAAAUUGUCAUACUUGUAGUAGCCUAUCUAUACAAUAAUGGUUAUAAAAGAUGGAAAACUACGGAGAUGUGCAAUUGAACAUGGAAAUAAAGAUGUUCAUAUCACAGAC